AUGAUUAAAAUCUUUCUCUCUCUCUCUCUCUCUCUCUUUCUCAUCAUCACUUUCUCUCAUCGUCUUUCUCUCCCUCAUCAUCUCUCUCUCUUUCUCUUUCUCAUUGUCUCUCUGUCUCUCACUCUCAUCGUCUCUUUGUCUCUCACUCUCAUCGUCUCUUUGUCUCUCACUCUCAUCGUCUCUUUGUCUCUCACUCUCAUCAUUUUUUUGUCUUUGUCUCUCGUCUCUUCUCUCUCAAAAUAUCUCUUUGUCUCUCCUCUCAUAUUUCUCUUUGUCUCUCACUCUCACCGUCUCUCACUCUCACCAUCUCUCUCUCAUUCUCUUUUUCACUUUUCUCUCUUUUUCACUUUUCUCUCUUUUUCACUUUUCUCUCUCUCUCAUUAUCUUUUUUUUUCUCUCUCUCUCAUUAUCUUUUUUUUCUCUCUCUCUCUCUCUCUCUCUUUCACCCUCUUUCAUUAUAUUUUUUCUCUCUUUUGUUGUCUUUCCGUUCUGUUUAGUGUUAUUUUUACUGUCUUCUUUUUCAUCUUGAUUUGUUUUUCUUUUUUUUUCUCAAUUUCUAUCAAAUUGAAAGCCUUUUUCAACCUGAUUCCUUUCUUUGCUUCUAGGGAUAACAGACCGCAGGUGAAUGUUCAGGAUUAUACAAUCUCCAAUGUGAAAGACAACUGUGUGGGUCGAAUGCCAGGAACAGUUGAGGGUCAACAAUUCAUUAUAGAGAAAUGUGAAAAUACCAGUAUCUACAUUUUUGACCACAUUGCGACUGUAACUAUUGAUGAUUGUAUCAAUUGCAAUAUUUUCUUGGGACCUGUCAAAACGAGUGUUUUCAUGAGAGACUGCAAGGACUGUAAGCUUAUGGUCGCCUGUCAACAGUUCCGCACAAGAGAUUGCACUAAAAUCGACACUUUCCUUCUUUGCACCACAAAGCCAAUCAUAGAAUCCUCGACGGCCAUGAAGUUUGCUUGUUUCCAGUAUUACUACCCAGAACUAGAAGAACAGUUCCGAAGUGCCAAACUGAGUACGUUCAACAAUAACUGGAGCGGCAUUUUUGAUUUUACCGAAGUUGCAGGAGAAUCCAAUAUAUCAUUAUUGCCGCCUGAUAUCAAAGUUGAAGAUUAUAUUCCACUCCCAACCACAGAACCUUUGUCCAAUUUGGAAAUCUCUACAGAAUCUUGUCGAAGUGUUGUACCACUCACGUUGGGUACUCAGAAAAGAACAUCUGAUGAAUCGAGCUUGAUUGUGUUUUUCAAUGAUGGCAGUUCCCAUGACAGAGCUGUGAAAUUUAUGGAAACUAUGAAAGCAGAACAUCCUGAUGUUGUUCUUGUGCAAAGUAGUGAAGUUGUUUUGGAAUCUGACGAAGUUGAAAGAGUGUUUGGUAGCCAAUCAUAUCAAGCAGCUGCAAAACAAGGUCCAGUGAUUGGGCUCGAGUUGUGUGGAGACAAUGUCAUUAAAUAUUGUCAGGAUCAGAUAGUCAAUAUUAUGAAGGAUAAUUUCUCUAUUAAAUUAAAAAAAUAUUGUCUCUCUUUGUCUACCUGUCCUUCUCUCUUUGUCUACCUGUCCUUCUCUCUUUGUCUACCUGUCCUUCCCUCUUUGUCUACCUGUCCUUUUCAUUCUGCUUGUCUCUUCCUAUCUGUACCUUUCUUUCUCUCUGUACCUCUGAUUAUCUGUCUCUCUCUCUUACUGCCUGUCCAUCUCAUUCUGUACCUCACUGCUUAUCUCUCUCUACCUAAAUAUAUCACUCUCUGUACCUCACUACCUGUCUCUCUCUCUCUCUCUCCACCCCUCUCUCUUUCUGUCUGUUAUUCUCUCUCUGCCUGUCUCUCUCCCUCUCUAAUUGUCUCUCAUUCUCCCUGUCUUCCUCAUUCUCUACCCCACUGCCUAUCUCUCUCUGUUUUUACUUCUCUCUCAUUCUACCUGUCCUUCAUUCUCUAUGCUUCACUCUGCCUAUCUCUCUUUCUUUCUCUGUCUCCUACCCAGAAAUAA